AUGAGUCCUUUCGACGACCUUGAUGAUGAACAAAGGAUCAGCAUCGCUAAUGAACACCCCAACGAUCUCGAGUCUGGGCCAUCCUCUCCGUCCUCGCCACCCAGCUACCUUCGUCCUCGUCGUCAGAGUAAAUCAAAUUCCCGCCAUCGGUCACAGCAUACCACCACAGACGGAGGCUCAAGCAGCCACCUCCUCGCCCGUCUCAUCGCUCGCGACGAUGAGGUCCGCGAAAUCAAUGCCCUCCUCGUCGUCACUUCAGAACGUCUCGAGACCGAGUCUAACCGGGCCAACAGCUCAGAGCGCCGUGCGCUCGAAUACUUCAACCGAUUGCGUCAGGCAACCGAAAAUCGUGAGCGCGCUGAACAAGAUUUGGCUCGUCUUCGCGAGGAGUUGAAGCUGUACAAGCUCCAGCUCGAAAAUGCACAAAAGGAGAUUUUUCGGGCACAGGAUAUCAUUAAUCAGGUUUCUGCUCAGAAGUGUGAAGCUGAGGCGGAUGCUGCGAGAGCCAGAACCAAGGCAAGGAAGCUGCAGGAAGAGAAGAUGAUGAUGAUUGCCCACGAGGAUGGCAGGCGGCGUGGUUACAAGGAGGGCCUGACAAUCGGACGUCGGCUCGGCUUCGACGAAGGAACCACGAUAAGAUAUGAUGAUGAACCGGCCCGACGAGUGCAUCGGCCUGCCGUCCAACCAGAUGAAAGAGACCAAGAAGAGGAAGAAGAAUCAGUGCACUCCGAACGCAAUCAUGCACGCUCACAACCACGGGCACACCCGCAGUCCUCAAGACACGUACGCCCGGAGUCUCCCCCACCUGUUGGGCAGUAUGGUACAGCGCCACAUGCAGUUGCUGUUAUACCGGUUCCACCACCGCAAGUAACCCCAGUCCGGUCACAUUCUCCUCCAGGAAGAAUCACGACGCCCUCGCCGCCAACAAGUCCUCCAACGGAGAACGUUCACCCCACGCAAAUACGCACAGCAUCUAGCCACUUAACCGAUGUUCCUCGAGAUGGUUGGAUACCACGAGCGGACCCACAGACAUCUUACAUCCCAGUCCCACCACCAUACGGACUUUCUCAGCCCGUGCCCCGAAGCUCCAGCACACACUCGCACGACUUAGACAACCACUCACGUUACGGUCCUUCGUAUGAUGCCGGGGACUCAAACUACGCUCUUGUGAGAACUCGCGAUUUUGCAUAUGCGCAACCUGCCCCAAUUCCGGUCCCAAGUUUACAUACUCCAUCUCUCAUGUCACGGUCAACGUCGACGCAUAUGUCUCAAUACGAGCUUGUGAGCGCCCCUGUCGAACGACAUGGAACCUCACUUCGUCACGAUGUAUCUCCUGCGCACACAAGGAGUGAAAGCCGUACUGAACGACAUACGUCGUCGCGCGGUGGAUAUCACCCCGACAAAAGUCGGAAGGAGGAUUUGAUAGAACAAUGGCGUGCAGACCCAGAAGUUGUUGCUACAGCAACUCCUGGAACGGCCAUAAGAGAUUUUCAGCCCAUGCCACCUACUGGACAUCAUCGUCCCAGGGAGUCAAACAUACCCGCCCCAUAUACUGAUUCACGUCCUUCGAGUCGAGUAGAGUCACAACCAUCGCAAGGCCCUUCCCAGAAACGGAGUCCACCACGAUCAAGAAAUCCACUCGACUACUUCAACAUCAGACAACGUUUCCACCAGCGAACACAAUCGGCCGCCAGCGUUCCAAAUAUAACUGUUGAACCCCCGUCUGAUGAGGCUUCGACUCCAUCCGAGCAUACCCAUCAUUCACACCUCGAACUUCUAAGUCCAGACACCGCACUUCGGCCCCUUCCCCCGUCCCACGAAGAACGCUCCCGGACAUCCGAAAGACACUCACAAGACUCCCACGGCGCCUACCACUCGGCUGCACCCACGCAGCCUUCAUGGCCAGCAGGGUUCGUGCCCGUUUCAGGGGCACCACCCGAACCAGCCUCUCAAUAUCCUCGCUCAAGAAGUCGAGGAUCUGAUGAACAUUACCAGAUGUCGCCUAUUCCUGAGGGUAUCACAUACCCUGAAUCGCCGCUGCGUGCUCCGUCGUCUCAUGGAGAUCGUCUCCCGCAAGAAUCUGAGUCUGAAUCGAGCUCGCCGGCACCUCUGCAGAGACCGAUAUCACUUUUCUCUGACCAGGAUGAGUGA